AUGACGUCGACGUUGAUAAGUACUAGCUCGAAAACGAGAUCCGUAACUAUACUGACUGACGAUGAUAUUAAAGAUGAAUUUGGUAAUAUUGAAGAAACGAAAAAGGCUGUCGAACGUGCGAUAAAUCGUGCACGUAAAAAUACACAAAGUACCAACAAUAAUAAUAAUAAUAAUAAUAAUAAUACGACAAGUAAUUUGAUUGGAAAAGAUCGACGUUUUGCUCAAGCAUUGCAUCAAGAAGCUGAUCAAUUAUAUCAAAAAGGGGAUUACGAGACAGCAUUGGUUUUGUAUCACAGAGCUGCAAACAUUUGUCCUAGGGAUAUUAAUCAUAAUGCGGCAGUUAGACGUACGGCAACUAUGAUUAACACAUGGCAAAAUUCAUCGAAACGUUUAAGAAAGUUCAUGUCGAAAACGAAUCCUGAUUCGGAACUGACGAUAGCACUUUGCCCUGAAGCGGCAGCCAUUAAAGCAUCUAAUGUUCUCAAACAGUCUCCAGAUUUCAACACUGUUAACAAAGUUCUUAAUUACUUCGACGAGCAUGAAAAUUUAUGGAAAGGAUCAUCGUCAAUUAACACGAGUAUAACAAAAUUACGUUUGACACGAUCAAAUGUUAUAUUAAAUCGUAUGAAAAUGAUGGCAGAGACAAAUUUGAAAAAAUUAGAAAUUGCAUUUCAUUCUGGUAAUGUUACUACAACUGUCAAAUAUGCGAAAGAAUUGUUAACAAUGUCAAAUGGAAUUGAAGAAACUAAGAGAUAUGAGACAGAGGCAUAUCGUUAUUUGGCCUUGACACACGUUAUGUUAGGUAGACACGACAUUGCUGUAAAUUAUGUCGCUAAAAUGAUUUAUAUCGCGAAAAUGAGCGAAGAUUCGAUAUUAAUGUCGCAAGCAUUGGUUACGUUGGGCAAGGUACAUUUGAGUUUUGAUCAUUUGGACGCGGCAGCUAAAGCUUGGGAACAUUUGUCGAAAAAUUUAAAAGAAUUAUCACCUAUUUUACGUGCUUGGAUCAAUCACGAGAUUGGACGUUGUCAUUUGGAAACUGGUCAAUUUAUGAAAGCAUUUGACAUGGGUACACGUACUAUGGAAAUUGCUGAAGAUAUCCUUUCGAAUAAAUGGAUACUUCAUGGUAAACUUUUACGUGCACAAGCAUUGGUUAAACUGGGUAGAUUUUCCGAGGCCUUGGAAGAAUUCAGGAUUUGUGCUAGGAUCAGCGAAGAGGAAGGUGACACACCAAUGCUAUCCUACAUUCAAAAUCUUAUCGUUGAUUUGACGAGUCUCUUGAGAAAAAUAACAUUUUCUUCCAAAACUCAAAUAGGAUUGAACAAAUAUGUUGAUGAUCAAUUUCAAGAUGAUUCAAUUAUAACAAAUGAUACUGUUAUAUCUUCUUUGUGUUCAUCGUCACAAAAUUUAGAAGAAGAAGAAGAAGAAGAAGAAGAAGAAAUGAAUGAACAAAUGAACGGUAAUUCAACAUCAAGAACAUUUCGUAAAGAAUUUGAAAAUUCAACGAGUGCUGAAGUAAGACUGACUAAUAGUAGUAAUAGUACGACGUCCUUGAAAAGUCAGGUAACUAAUGCUACCUACGUUAUCGAUAAAACGACUUGUAUGCAACAUCAAGCGGAAAUGGAAACAAUAACAACAACAGCAACAACAAGUGAUUUACAUCCCCAACAUUCCCCACAAUUGGUUGUUACCAAAUCAUUUUCGAAUCAUAGUGCAUGA